CUUCAUCUUUUACUUCGAUUAAUGAUAGACCAGAUUUAAGUCUUUUAAUCCCGAGAAAAAUGACCACUGAAACUGAAUCAUCAAGCUUGAAUAUUGAAUCAUCGUUGUCAGUUAAAGAACCUGAGUUGGAAGUUAAAAACCAAACACCAACUAAAUCUUUUCAAGAUUUUAGUAUUUUAAUGCCAAAAAAAAUAUGUACUGAAACUGAAUCAUCAAGCUUGAAUAUUGAAUCAUCGUUGUCAGUUAAAGAACCUGAGUUGGAAGUUAAAAACCAAACACCAACUAAAUCUUUUCAAGAUUUUAGUAUUUUAAUGCCAAAAAAAAUAUGUACUGAAACUGAAUCAUCAAGCUUGAAUAUUGAAUCAUCGUUGUCAGUUAAAGAACCUGAGUUAGAAGUUAAAAACCAAACACCAACUAAAUCUUUUCAAGAUUUUAGUAUUUUAAUGCCAAAAAAAAUAUGUACUGAAACUGAAUCAUCAAGCUUGAAUAUUGAAUCAUCGUUGUCAGUUAAAGAACCUGAGUUAGAAGUUAAAAACCAAACACCAACUAAUUCUUUUCAAGAUUUCAGUAUCUUAAUGCCAAAAAAAAUAUGUACUGAAACUGAAUCAUCAGUGUCAGAUACAACUACAGUAAUACUUGAUAAUGAUCCUGGUAAAUGGCCAAAGUUGAUACCCAGUGGUUUAAAAGGUUAUUUCUUAAACCUUAGCGUUUGUCAGCCUUCCCCUAUGGAGUUGAGUAACUGGCAGUUUCCAAAAACAACUGACUCUCAUGGUAGUGUUAAAAUAAUCAAGACUAGACUACGCUCAACCAUUGGACAAGACCGAUUGGAAAGUCUGAUGAUUCUUAGUUGUGAAAGAGAUAUAAGUAUCAAUUAUGAAGAAGCAAUUAUUGUGUAUGCUAUGUCAUCAGAUUUAUUAAAAGGAUAA